UGUUAUCUGUGAUCUCAUCGCAUAUAUCAGGUAGGGAAUCCUCUCAGAAUCCCAUUUGAAUUAUAGCAGACACAGAGGUGAGACACUGACCACAUUCAGACCAGAACCACCACCAGGAAAGACAAGUAAAAGGCACAGAGGCGAGACUCAGUUACUUGACCACAUUUGAAAAUACAAACCCUGGCCAAGACUAUCAUCUGGAAAGACAAGCACAAUUUCUGAGUGUCAAGAUGCAGAUCUUCGUGAAGACCCUGACUGGCAAGACCAUCACCCUGGAAGUUGAGCCCAGUGACACCAUUGAGAAUUUGAAGGUCAAAAUCCAGGACAAAGAGGGCAUCCCUCCAGACCAGCAGAGGUUGAUCUUCGCUGGUAAGCAACUGGAAGAUGGCCGCACCCUGUCCGACUACAACAUCCAGAAAGAGUCCACCCUCCAUCUUGUGCUCCGCCUGAGGGGAGGUAUGCAGAUCUUCGUGAAGACCCUGACUGGCAAGACCAUCACCCUGGAAGUUGAGCCCAGUGACACCAUUGAGAAUGUGAAGGUCAAAAUCCAGGACAAAGAGGGCAUCCCUCCAGAUCAGCAGAGGCUGAUCUUCGCUGGUAAGCAACUGGAAGAUGGCCGCACCCUGUCCGACUACAGCAUCCAGAAAGAGUCCACCCUCCAUCUUGUGCUCCGCCUGAGGGGAGGUAUGCAGAUGUUCGUGAAGACCCUGACUGGCAAGACCAUCACCCUGGAAGUCGAGCCCAGUGACACCGUUGAGAAUGUGAAGGCCAAAAUCCAGGACAAAGAGGGCAUCCCUCCAGACCAGCAGAGGCUGAUCUUCGCUGGUAAGCAACUGGAAGAUGGCCGCACCCUGUCUGACUACAACAUCCAGAAAGAGUCCACCCUCCAUCUUGUGCUCCGCCUGAGGGGAGGUAUGCAGAUCUUCGUGAAGACCCUGACUGGCAAGACCAUCACCCUGGAAGUCGAGCCCAGUGACACCGUUGAGAAUGUGAAGGCCAAAAUCCAGGACAAAGAGGGCAUCCCUCCAGACCAGCAGAGGCUGAUCUUCGCUGGUAAGCAACUGGAAGAUGGCCGCACCCUGUCUGACUACAACAUCCAGAAAGAAUCCACCCUCCAUCUUGUGCUCCGCCUGAGGGGAGGUAUGCAGAUCUUCGUGAAGACCCUGACUGGCAAGACCAUCACCGUGGAAGUUGAGCCCAGUGACACCGUUGAGAAUGUGAAGGUCAAAAUCCAUGAUAAGGAAGGUAUCCCUCCAGACCAGCAGAGGCUGAUCUUCGCUGGUAAGCAACUGGAAGAUGGCCGCGCCCUGUCUGACUACAACAUCCAGAAAGAGUCCACCCUCCAUCUUGUGCUCCGCCUGAGAGGAGGAAACUAAGCAUCUCCUGGUCAUGAAGAUGCUUCAGUAAACUGAGCAAUUGUUCCUGUGUUGAAAUUACACCUCAUCCAGCUGUCAGAAAUUCGUCAUUUUAAAAGUUUAAAUAAAGGGUCAUCUUUCAUGGA